UCACAUCCUUCUCUCUCUCUCUCUCUCUCUCUCUCUCUCUCUCUCUAUCCCCUCCUCCUUUCCCUCCUCCUCUCCCGCUGCAAUCACAUCUUUGUAUUCACGGGACGUAAUUCUUCAAAAUUGAAGCAAAAUGUCAGGGAAAGGUGCCAAGGGUUUGAUAACAUCGGGCAAAACUCCUGCCCUAAACAAGGACAAGGACAAGAAGAAACCUGUCUCCCGCUCCUCACGAGCUGGCCUACAGUUUCCUGUUGGUAGAAUCCACCGCCUACUGAAGUCAAGAGUUACAGCAAAUGGAAGAGUUGGUGCUACAGCUGCAGUGUACUCUGCUGCUAUCUUGGAGUACCUGACUGCAGAAGUGUUGGAGCUGGCUGGUAAUGCAAGCAAGGAUCUGAAAGUGAAGCGUAUAACGCCCAGGCAUCUACAGCUUGCAAUUCGUGGGGAUGAAGAGCUUGACACCCUUAUCAAAGGAACAAUAGCCGGUGGUGGUGUGAUUCCUCACAUCCACAAGUCACUUAUAAACAAGUCUUCCAAGGAUUGAGUGUGUUAUGGGUUCUGUUAAUUAUUAACCUUGAGAAUGAUUCUUAUGUACAUUUCUUGAUAUCUUAUUCGUUGGUAAUUGGUCCUUUUCGAGGUUGACAAUACUAGCCCCUUGAUUAUUCCGUGAUUAUAAAAAAUACAUGUUUUCUUUUCUUUUA